AUGGACGUGUCAAAUAAUCUGGACACCAUUCGCCUUAGGGACCUCUUUGACUCAAUGGGCCUAGUGCAACAUACGAAACUACCAUCCCAUGAAAAAGGUCACAUUCUUGAUCUCAUUAUCACACGUCAGUGCGAUAACAUCGUUGCUACAGAGCCAUGGCCAGUAAGAUAUUUUUCAGAUCAUGCAGCCGUAAUGUGUGAGUUUACAAUUGCUAGACCGGUGCAGAAGAUUAAGCAUGCUGAGUAUCGAAAGCUAAAGUCAAUUGACAUGCAACAGUUUGUUGAGGAUAUUCGCAAAUCCGAUUUGUACACGUACCCUCCAUCUGACCUUGACACUCUAACUGAUUGUUAUAAUAGCACUUUAUCAUCUUUGCUGGAUAAACAUGCGCCGGUGCUGUCACGUCAUGUUGCUACUCGUGGAAGUCCACCCUGGUUUAAUGACGUCAUCAUGCAAGCAAGGCGAUAUAGGAGAAAAGCUGAAAGGCGAUGGAGGGCUAGUAGGCUGGCUUCCUGA